AUGGCGACCCCGACAUAUCCUCCGCCGCCGCCGCCGCAGCAGCAGCAGACUUUCUCCCCGUACCAGUCCGCACCCAGGGUACCUUCCCCGAACGUGCACACCCCCGGUGGUCUCGCACUCCCUCCGAAUAAGCGGCCUCGUCUCGACACGAAUCCUUCUUCACCGUACGCAACCUCGCCCGGCUCGCCUUACCUCACAGUGCCAACUCCCGGUCCCCCGACUCCAGCUUACGCAACCCCACAGCCUUUCAACCAACCACAGCCUUUGAACGACAACAUGGCCUCACGCCCGCCUGGCUCUAUGGGCCCCCCGCAACGUCCCGAGAAGCAGGAAAGGAACACGGAUGUGGAGAAUCUUUCAGACGCCGUAACAGCUUCAGGCAUUGAUCUGAGAGAGGAGGAGAACUAUCUCGCCGAAACGUACCGAAACACGCACCAGAAUACCUCCUUCUCCGCGUCCUUCAACUCGCACUCGUCAUCUACGUUGACUCCGAAUAACAGCUUCAACAACUGGUCACCAGGCGCGUACGGCGCGCACCCAGCAUUCCAAGGCACCGGUCCCCUCAGUCAGCCAGCCGUCGCGCAGAGGACGAUAGAGGAAGAGCUUGAUGAGAAGCACCGCAGAGCCGCGCGAGCUGUAGCCGAAAGCAGGCAGCAACAUCUCAACGACCCUUUCCUGCACUCCAACACCGUCCGCUACCGCCUCAACCGCCACGCCUACCAGAACGGCGUCACUCUCAAUAUUGAAGGACUGUUUGACAAGAUCCCAGAGCGGCCACAGAAUGUGUCCACUACCGUUCGUACAGGUGCGGAUGAUACCGGGAUAGUGUCGAUGAAGUCUAGCUUCCUCACGGAAAGCGCCUCUUUCGCAGAUAUCCUCAGCUUGCUCUCCCUGGCGACGAAUGAGCGGCUGCGUGGGAUCCUCGAGGACGCGCAACAGCUCGCGCGAAGUCGCCAAACCAGCUCCAACGGCAUCGUACCCCCAGAUUUCUCCUCCUUGGCCACUGCCAACGGCACCGUCGAACCCACAACCGCCGCGCCCACCUCUGUCACCAAGACAUCCUGGGACGCGCCCGACAGCGCCGUCAGCCCCAUGACUAUCCCGUCGAAGCGCCCCCUCUCCGACACUCAAACCCAGCACCCCCGUCUCCCAACCCUCCCAACGCCCCCACCCGAACCUACGAUCCGCAUCACCUCGCCCCUCGCCCCCGCCCUCGCCGCCCUCACCACCCGCGCCCGCAAACACGAAGAAGCGCGCCUCCGCGCCCGCGCAAAGCGCCUGCGCGCCUCGGACGCCUCCGCCGACCCAGCAGCAGAUACCCCGCCCGCGGCGCUCAUCGCGCCGGAGCAGAAACUCUCGAAGAAGGAGCGCGACCGCAUCGCGAAGGCGGGACAGACCGAGGACGUGCUGCAUCGCAACGCCAACACAACCGCGAGCAUGGCGUUGGGCGGGUUUGGGAAGAAGUAUAGUUGGAUGAGCGGCGGUGCCGCGGGUGGGGCAGGGGCGUCGAGGUCAGGAACGGCGACGCCGGCGAGGCUGAGUACAAAUGUGGGCGGUGCGGCGGGGCUGGGGGGGCCGGUUGGGGGGGCGGGGCCUGCGGUUGCUGCUGCGGCGCCGGUGGAUAAGGAUCUUAGGGCUAGGGAGAACAGGAUGGGGGUGUUGAGGGAGGACGGGGAGGCGGGGAGGGGUCUCCAGUGGAGGGACGUUGUUGCUGCGCUGGAGGCGGAUGGGAGGUGGAAGAAGAGUAUGUCCAGGGUGUUGAGCCUGGGGGAGGAGGAGAUGAAGAGGGUUGCUACCAUGGCGAGAGGGCCGGGUCCAGGUCCAGGUCCGAGCUCUGGUCCGAGAUACUAG